AAUAUAAUAUAUUGUUUUCAGUAUAGCUGUUGUAUACAUGUUCAUUUGAUCGAGUGAUAUUGUGUUGAGUUGUGCGAAUCUUUAUUUGAACGAAAAAACAUGAAAUGAUCCUUGAUAUUUUGUUUUUUAUAAGUGUUUUCAUUGCUCGUAUUCAACCGCUUAUCUUAUCAUCACUUCUUUGUUUUCGUGAGUACUUGGUGAAUCUUUCCAUCUGAAAUCAGUAUACAGAGUGGGGCGACUUGGAGAACGCUGGUGAUUACUCGUCCAUUCGAUGAAAGUAGAUCUAAAAGAAAACAAAUGUACUCACUCGUGACCGAAGUUGCUAUUUAAUAGUUGUUGCUGAGUUUUUGAGUGCAGCCGUGUAUGAGCAUAAAUGUGCCAGUAAGGCAGUAGCAUAAUCGAAUCAUUUACGACCGUCGUAUCAUUGAUUUGCAGAGAAAGAGUUCCAAAAUGCCAGCUACUGAGGUUAAUAUGGAUCUACAGAAUGAAAGAAAAAAAUGCACAUUCAAAAAUAAUGAAUUCACCCUUUGGUGGGUUGGUGGCGAGUCGAAACUAAAGGAAAAGAAAUUUCGAGAGAAAUUUUUCCUGGGAGAACCGGAAUUUUUCGACAAGAUUCCUCUACAUUUCGUUUCGCACAAGGAAGUGUACGAAGAAUCUGUUCGUAAAGCCACUGUAAUAUUCCGCAAGGUGAAACAGAUGCAAGAACAAGGCAGAGAUGGAGUCGAGAAUUACAUGGCCCUCCUUGGCGGACUUCUGGGUUCGGGAAUACUGAAAGAGGGCAAUCCUCUGGGGGUGCAUUUUGUUAUGUUCCUCCCGGCGCUAAUGGGUCAUGGAACCCCGGAGCAACAGGCGGAGUGGAUUGGAAGAGCAUGGAAUUGUGAAAUCAUCGGAACAUAUGCACAAACUGAGCUGGGCCACGGCACGUUCAUCCGAGGUCUUGAAACAACUGCAACUUAUGAUGAAAGAUCGAAGGAAAUCGUGCUGAACAGUCCAACGCUGUCCUCGUACAAAUGGUGGCCCGGUGGAUUGGGUCACACCGCCAAUUACUGCGUGGUUAUUGCUCAGUUGUAUUCGAAAGGUAAAUGCCACGGUAUUCAUCCGUUCAUCGUUCAGUUACGUGAUGAGGAUACUCAUAUGCCUAUGCCCGGUAUAACGAUCGGCGAGAUUGGCAAUAAGCUUGGCAUGAAUGGAGUUAACAACGGUUUUCUUGGAUUCAAAAAUGUUCGCAUUCCACGUUCAAAUAUGCUGAUGAAAAAUGCCAAGCUACUCGAAGACGGUACAUUUGUCAAACCUCCAUCAGCGGUGUUGACGUAUGGGACGAUGAUGUUUGUGCGGGUGGUCAUUGUGAGAGAUAUUUCAAAUUAUCUUUCUAAGGCGGUGACUAUUGCCACACGAUAUUCGUGUGUGCGUCGACAAAGCGUUAUUAACCCGGAACAACCAGAAGUACAAGUCAUCGAUCAUCUCACCCAGCAGUAUAAGCUAUUUCCAGCUAUCGCAAAAAGUAUUGUUUUCAAGCUAACUUCGGACAAUCUUUGGGAUAUGUAUAAUCAGGUGACAUCAGAGCUAGAUAAAGGAGAUUUGGAACGGUUGCCAGAGUUACAUGCGAUUGCAUGUUGCUUGAAGGCGGUUUCCACGGCCGAUGCUGCCCAAGCCAUUGAGACAUGUCGAUUGGCUUGCGGUGGCCAUGGUUAUAUGACAUGCGCGAAUCUUUUCGGCACAUACGGUAUGGUAACAGCGGCGUGUACUUAUGAGGGUGAAAACACCGUGCUUCUAUUACAAACUGCAAGAUAUCUUUUGAAGGUAUGGAACCAAGCUCUGAGGGGCCAGGAACUGGUACCAACCGUCCAGUAUCUGAAGAUGUUCAUUUCUAGUAAAAAUCAGCGACAGCCGUGGGAUGACUCAAUUCCAGGGAUAAUAAGUGGUCUGCAAACGGUCGCUGCCGGAAAACUACGGCUGGCGAACGAACACAUCGAACAACGCAAAAGAGCUGGCUACACCCAGGAAGAAGCUGUCAAUCUUACUUCCAUAGAGCUGGCUCGUACUGCCGACGCACAUUGUCGUGCCUUUUUGGUACAAUCUGGAUACGAGAUGAUUGAGAAAGACUGCAAGACGAUGUCGUCGGAAUUGGGCCGUGUUUUGCGUGAUAUCUACGAACUAUAUGCGUACGAUGAGGCCAUGAAAGCGGUUGGCGAUCUGUUAAGAUUCACCACCAUCUCCGACAGCGACAUCAUAAGACUACAACAGAAGCUGGAAGAUGCUCUCGCCGCCAUCAGGCCCAAUGCAAUUGGCAUUGUUGAUUCUUUUGACAUUCCAGAUAUGGUACUUGGCUCCGCGCUUGGAGCUUAUGACGGAAAUGUAUAUGAACGAUUGUUUGAGGAAGCCAAGAAAAGUCCCCUGAACCAGGAACCCGUCAACAAAUCAUUCCACUUGUACCUGAAACCCUUUAUGAAAUCUAAUCUGUAGACACGAUAGCAGAAGGCUUUUUGAGGGAUCGAUAGUAGCAAUAACCGAAUCGUACUGAAAUCUUAUUAUAUGGUGAUAGACACAUGUUAUCGUGUAUAAAAGAGGGGCUUGGAAGUGAUUUAUAUUUUAUUCAUUUCAAAUGAAAUAUAGCUAUUUUUCUAUUUUUUUUCAUAA